GUAUGUGUGUGUGUGUGUGCGCGCAUUGGGUAACCGCAGCAGCAGCAGCAGUGUUACAGCAGCUUCAGUGUUGCGCGGACACGAGGACGAGGAUUUAUUUCGCGGACUCCAGAAAAACACGCAGACUCGUCUCAGCUGGAGGAACAUCUCUCAGCUCGACCUCAGGACAAACACACUCUUCCUCACACGUUGUGUACAAGCGGCUGAUUGGACCUGGUUGUGUGCGGUAAACAUGGGAGAGCAGAGAUCAGUCCAACCCGUCCUGCUCCUGCUGCUGCUCCCGCUGCUCCUCGCCAGGCUGUCGCAGCUGUGGGCCUUCCCCUUUAGCCCGUCUCUGGACCUGGACGUCACUCCCAGGACAACUGUCUUCUCCAAAGGUCUGUUGGGCAGCGUUCGCUUCAAUGGCUCUUCCCAGAACUACAGCACCCUCCUGCUGGAGGAGGAGGCCGGGCGGCUGUACGUGGGCGGCAGAGGAGCUCUGUACGCACUCAACACCUCCGACAUCGGCACACCUGGAAACCUCACAAUUGAUUGGGAUGCAUCCCCUGAACAGAAGAAGAUGUGUCUGAACAAAGGAAGAGACAAUCAGACGGAGUGUUUCAAUCACAUCCGCUUCCUGCAGCGAUUCAACGAGACUCACCUCUACACCUGCGGAACAAACGCCUUCAGACCUCUCUGCGCUUACAUAGACGCGGAGCGGUUCGGCUUCUCCUCGGGCUUUGACGAGGGCCGAGACCGGUGUCCCUACGACCCAGCAAAGGGAUACACCGGCCUCCUCCUGGACGGGGAGAUGUUCACGGCCUCUCAGUACGAGUUUCGCAGCUCGCCAGACGUGCGCAGAAACUUCCCCUUCCCCACGCUCCGGACCGAGGAGGCCCCGACCCGGUGGCUUCUGGAGGCGGACUUCGUGGGCUCGGUGCUGCUGAAGGAGAGCGUCAACAGCUCCAUCGGGGACGACGACAAGAUUUACUUCUUCUUCACGGAGAGGAGCCAGGAGCAGGCUGCCUACCCGAGCCAGACCAAGGUGUCCAGGGUCGCCCGAGUCUGCAAGACCGACUGGGGGGGCCAGCGGACCCUGCAGAGGAAGUGGACCUCCUUCCUCAAGGCCAGAAUGGUUUGUUCGGUCCCAGAAUACGAGCUGCACCUCAACAUCCUGCGCAGUGUGUUUGUGCUGCAGGGUCGGGACGCUCAGAGCAGCAUCUUCUACGGCAUCUUUGGCCUUGAGUGGAAGAACAUCAAGGCCUCUGCGAUAUGCCAGUACGCCUUCUCAGACGUGCAGAAGGUUUUCGAGGGGCCGUACAUGGAGGUGCAGGACUCGAAGUGGAGGGAGUACACAGGGAAGGUGCCAGAGCCGAGACCUGGAUCUUGUAUGACAGAUCGGCACCGGUCCCAGGGCAUCAACUCGUCUCGUGACCUCCCAGACAAUGUCCUCACGUUCGCCCGAAGGCAUCCACUCAUGGCCGGCCAGGUGCACCCAGUGGGAGUGCGCCCCCUGUUGUUCAAGAGGAGCGUCAACUAUGUCAAGAUAGUCGUGCACAGGGAGCCGGCGCUGGAUGGAAACAUUUAUACCGUCCUGUUUCUGGGAACUGAUGACGGCUGGCUGCACAGAGCUGUGGACAUCGAAGGAGAAAUGCACAUCAUAGAGGAGCUGCAACUGUUUGACAAACCUCAGCCCGUAGAGAGUCUGGUCAUAUCCUCGGCUCUGCGGAGCAUCUACGCCGGCUCACACUCUGGAGUCGUGCAGGUACCGAUGUCGGCCUGUCGGAGAUACACUUCCUGUUACGACUGCGUGUUCGCCAGAGACCCGUUCUGCGGCUGGGACGGGGGGGCGUGCGUAGAAAUAUCCUCCAGUGCACAGAGGUCAAACUUAACUCAGGAUAUUCUGAGAGGGAUCAGAGGCUGCAAGGAGAACUUAGGAAACGUCGUCCAUCGGCGGCGUUCUGUGAUGACGGGCGACGACGUGCUGCUACAGUGUGAACUACGCUCCAACCUGGCGACGCCACGCUGGACUCUGAAUGGCAAAGAUCUCCAGGGGUACGACCUGACCUCGGGCUACCGCAUCGGCACAGACGGCCUCCUCAUAAUCGGCGCUCGGGCCCAGCAGAGCGGGUCCUACCGCUGCUUUGCCGUGGAGAACUCGGUCUCUGUGCUGGUUUAUCUUUACACAGUCCGGGUGCACACAGACCCGUUCUACCCCGUGGAGUCCCCAGCCACCACCAACCCCACCACAGUUUCCAGCCCAACUGUUCUCUCCACCAGCGGCCCCACCGAGCAGCCUCUGCCCUCGCCUCCCGCCCCGCUGCCUCCAGGGCCCGAGUUCCAGACCUACAGGCACAUGGAGGCCGUGUACAUCUCUCUGGUGGCCGUGCUCGGAGGGCUUUGCCUGGUGCUGAGCGUGGUGCUGCUCUACGUGAGCUUCUGCACCAGACGGGCCUCUCGGGACCGAAAGUUCUCCCAGCAAGGGCUGCGGGUCCUGGGCGACUCCGAGAGAAAGAGGAGCUCCCAUUUUGAACUUACAACCAUCUCCAGCCACUGCAACGGCCGCCAGGCGCGUCUCUCCAUCUCGAUGCCAAACUUCGCGGACAUGGGCGACGGUUUCCUCCAGAUCGUUCCAGGUCAGGGCAACAUGUCACCGUCAAAAACGCCUCCGCCAGCCCCUCCUCUUCCGAUGCCGCCUCCCCUUCCCAACAUGGACUACGCCAACGGGCUGUCGGCCACCCUGCCCAGCGUGCUGAGGAAGAUGAACGGGAACAGCUACAUGCUGCUGCGGCAGGCCGACCACGAGGGCACGUCGCCGCUCUACCACUCCUUCACAGAGGAGCUCAACAGGAUCCUGGAGCAGAGGAAACACACACAGCUGGACCUGCAGCCGGACGAGAGCUCCAUCUAGGACGUCCCUCUCAGUCUUUGUCCCACAAGUUAUUUAUUUUUACCCCAACUGUGACCCGUAGUCGUGGGGAGAACUGAAACGCUGCUGUCGGAGCCCCUGAUCUGAAAUGUUCAGCCUCCUGCGACACAUGGCCCAUGAUUUCGCUUCAACAAUGGACAACAUUAACCAGAGAUUGAUAUUCGAUUCGGCCAAAGACGACAGCACAAGAAAUAACCACGAGGAGGAAACGAAAUGCUCCUCAGUCGGACCACACAAAAGGCGAAGCUGCUAAAUGGGGCAUAGGUCAAAAAAUAAAGAAGGUCAGGAGGCGAUUAUGUCUUUUUGAGCCUGGGGAAGUGCUGAGGAAGUUCUUAGUGCCGUGUAACGUUAACCCUGUAUGGAGCGUGAGGUAACACUUCCUCGUAGCGUGCCCGGCCCCGUGUGUCACAAUGAGGACGUUCCUGUUUUUUGUCCAUGACUUCGUUGUGGUUCCUCUGUCUGGAGGAAGAAAGGUUUGACUCAUCAGGACUGGACUCAGAUUCUCCGAGUCCUUCUCGUCCGAUGGUCGUAGUAACUUGAUUGAGCUGGAUUCUUUCCCCUCGAUGUCGGACGUCCAGGGUUUUUUUAAUGCGAAAGAAUGACGAAUGGCCACGUGUACGAACUGUUACACAGUCCAAAACAAGAAACACAACAUUAACGGCUAACAAGGAGAACCAGCCCCAACUCGCCACAUCCGACAACAGUGCUGACUUCUUAGAAAUGCACUAAUCUCUCAAGACUACUGGACAACUGAAAGGCUCACGGCGGUCUGAGGUGCACAUGGAAAAGACAACAGCAAAUUAACAUACACAAAAUAUGACAAAUCAAACUCACACGACAAAACGGUAAAUCCCUACUGCAAAUCGUCCAAUCAGCAUCAAUCCUUAUCAAUAACAGGUACACAGAAGUUAAUACUGUGUUUUGUGAUGUGUACUCUGCGAUCGGUGGACUAAUUGUCAGAUAACGAUCCUCGUUUCUCUGUGAAAGCGGCAAAAUCCCCAGUUGGUUCGAUCCCACAGUGAAAUACAGCUUUUAUAUGGAGCAUCACUUUAAGAAGACGGUUCUGUUACCGUGCACGACACAUCACACGUUUGAGCUUAUUUUUUAAACCACUCUUUUCUCGUCUUUUAUUCUCAUGUAAAUAUCAAUAUUCACAUCACAGUUGCAGCAGUAACUACAAAUGUGUUGUGUCAGUUCCAAUAGAGGGUAGACUUUUACUUUUAGAAUUUUCUCCAUUGACAUUUCAGAAAAUCCUGAGAAAGAGUUUUACAUCUGGAACCAGGACGACCGGCUACAAGAUGAAUCGUGACCAUAAAACAUUUGAUUUUAGAGCAAAUGGAAAAAAAGGCAAAGGUACAAGACUGUGAACUUAACUAUUUAAAGAGUGAAGGAACUACGCUUCCCAUAAACCAUUGUGAACAACACCAACUUCCACUGCUUCUUCUUGAAUUUAACCGUGUUGUAGAGAUUCUGCCUUCCUCCUGAGACAGAAAGAUGAAAGUUAUAUUUCAGAACAUUAUGUCACGAGGAAAAUAUACAGAAACGGUAAAUGACAGAUUUCUUUGUCCUCUGCCGGUGGCAAGUUUCCCAAACCAGCAAAGCGAGGACCUUCACAAAAGCCUCCUCAGUGUUUACCUGACAUCAGAGCAAUGUUAAAACAACACAAACUGCCGAGCGGACAGUAUUCCUCUGGCAAGAUAAACAGCGCUAUGAUUAAAUACAGGUAGAACGUGGAGAGAAGUGGCUGAAAUGAAUCUCGGGUGUAAUUUGUAAACGUGUCACGGCCAAAUAAAGAUCCGUCUUUGCAGGAAAGCCUUGAAUCAGCUCUUGCAGCAGCGGCGGCGGCCCUCUCCGGUGACUCACAGCGUGCAUCUGUCAGGGUGACAGUAACGGCAGCGUUUGGCUCACCUCCACCAGGAGAGGACAGGGGGCGUCUGUCUGUUUGCAUGGAGCAAUGUCGUCCGUGCAGGUAGAGAGGCGGACGGGAAACACUUGACCUUUCAUGUCCCGGUGGAGACGUGGGGGAAUCGGGAUGAUGAUGAAACGAGGCAGAUUUCUGUGAUCCUCUCGUUUUUUCCCUUGAAAGCCACUUUGUUAUGAACCUGGACGGAAUCAUAAUGGAGGAGAUGCACUCGGGCGGUAAAUGUGCUGGUGUGGAUUGAGAAACCUGGAGUCGGCUUCACAGUCCUCACCUUGGGUUCUGGUGUUUUUAAUUAACUGAGGCAGCCGGUUGGAUGAGAGGUGAAACGUCUCAAAGUGUCCAUCAGCCCUAGAUUCAGCUUUUCUUUAACACAGAUACACUUUAUGAUUAUUCAAAAGUUUGCUCCUCUGUUUAUACAGGAAGCUCUUUGCAUUUCGACGUGUGCAGACGACACCGUUGCCCAGUUGCUUUGAGGCGAACUCAAACUUUACCCACGUUCUUUUGGGUCCUGCCGUCUCCCUGUGAUGUUACAGCAACAUCAGUCUCUCCUUUGAACAAAUUGAUCAAAGUUCUGAUUGAGGAUUUGUUUUUCCACAUUUUUCAUAGAUUUCUAAAUGAAUAAUUCAUGUUAAUUGAUGAAAAAAAUCUGACAAAUUUAUGGGGACUGAUAUUUAUGAGUGAAUGAGAUCCUGAUAAGAAUCUGGAUCCAGUGAAUUCCAUAAGCAAAUAUGCAUUUUACUGAGUAUUUGUUUUGUCCGUGCAUUAUUUGAACAUGUAAGAGAGGAUUUUAGUACAAAUAGAUAUUCUUUAAAAAAUAAAUUAGCUUUGCUUUCUUGCCCGACA